AUGUCUCUCUCCAACAAGUUAUCCGUCAAAGACUUGGAUCUUGCUGACAAAAGGGUCUUUAUCAGAGUUGAUUUCAAUGUCCCAUUAGAUGGCAAAACUAUAACCAACAACCAAAGAAUCGUUGCUGCUUUGCCAACAAUUAAAUACGUCUUGGAUCAAAAGCCAAAGGUCAUCGUCUUAGCUUCUCAUUUAGGCAGACCAAAUGGUUCAAGAGUUGAUAAAUUCUCUUUGGCUCCAGUUGCAACUGAAUUGGAAUCUUUGUUAUCAACAAAAAUCACCUUUUUAAAUGACUCUGUUGGUGAACAAGUCACUCAACAAGUCAACUCUGCUGAACCUGGCUCUAUCAUCUUAUUGGAAAACUUAAGAUUUCACGCUGAAGAAGAAGGCUCCCAAAAGAUUGAUGGUAAAAAAGUCAAAGCUGACAAAGAGGCUGUUGCUCUCUUUAGAAAACAAUUGUCUUCAUUAGCCGAUGUUUACAUCAACGAUGCCUUUGGUACUGCUCACAGAGCUCAUUCAUCAAUGGUUGGUUUCGACUGUUCUCAAAGAGCUGCUGGUUUUUUAAUGUCAAAGGAAUUAACUUUCUUUGCAAAGGCCUUGGAAGACCCAGAAAGACCAUUUUUGGCCAUCCUUGGUGGUGCUAAAGUCUCCGAUAAAAUUCAAUUAAUCGAUAACUUGUUAGAUAAGGUCAAUAUCCUUAUAGUCGGUGGUGGUAUGGCCUUUACUUUCAAGAAAGUCCUUGACGGCAUGUCUAUCGGUAACUCUCUUUUCGAUGAAGAUGGUUCAAAGACUGUUCCUGAUUUAAUCAAAAAAGCUAAGAAAAACAACGUCAAAAUAGUCUUGCCUGUAGACUUUGUCACUGCUGAUUCCUUCUCGAAGGAUGCCACCCCAGGUUACGCAGCUCAAGAAGAUGGUAUCCCACAAGGUUACAUGGGUCUUGAUGUCGGUUCAAAAUCAAACAAACUAUUCGAAGACGCUAUUGCUGAAGCCAAAACUAUUGUCUGGAAUGGCCCUCCAGGUGUCUUUGAAUUCGACUCCUUCGCUGAAGGUACCAAAAAAAUGUUAGCCGCUACAAUCAAAUCUGUUGAAGCUGGUAAUACCGUCAUUGUUGGUGGUGGUGACACUGCUACUGUUGCUAAAAAAUUCGGCGGUGCUGACAAACUAUCCCAUAUUUCUACUGGUGGUGGUGCUUCUCUAGAAUUAUUAGAAGGUAAAGAAUUACCAGGUGUCGCUUUCUUAUCUGACAAACAAUAA